AUGAACUGAAGUGGCACCACAGAGGAAAAGCCGCAGCCAGUGUUGAGAAGCAUAACAGUGUAUAUAGGUUCAGUCCUUUUCUUUGGACUCAGAAAUUCAGCCUGGUUGCCAUGGAGAGUAGGAUACGGUAAAGCAGAGCAGCGCUUGGAAGAUUCAGCAGCCAUUCUGUCUUCAUCGUCAUGGAGUUUCCUCAGCAUUCUCAGCAGCUGCUAUCAGCUCUGCGUUCCCAGCAGCAGCGGGGCUUCCUUUGCGAUUGCACUGUACAAGUGGGCUCAUCCCGUUUCCUGGCUCACCGGGCGGUUUUGGCCUCAUGCUCGCCUUUCUUUCACAUGUUUUACUCAGACUCUCCAGUGGGUAGCAGCACCAGCAGCUGUGUCACACUUGACAAUGACAUUGUCACAUCUGCUGCAUUUGGCUUGCUGUUGGACUUUAUCUAUGAAGGUGUGCUGCAACUGGACAAGUCUCCUCCUGUGGAGGACAUCUUGGCUGCCGCAAGUUUUCUGCACAUGAACGAGGUGGUGAGAGUGUGUAAGAGGCGGCUGCAGAGGCGAGGGCCUCUGGCUGAGGCCGACAGCACACGCUCUGAAGAGAGCGGCGGGUUGAGGAAGGCACCAGAAGCAGGUGGUGACCACCCAGCUGAGCCCAUGGUGGCCAUGGUUGCAGACCACUCAAAUCCAGUGACCACAGCAGUGCCUUUGUCCUCAGUAUCUGAAGUGGCAGAUGGGACUCAGUUGGAGUGCGUGAAGUCUGAGCAGAGGACAGGUGGAAGUUCAUCAAAGAUACAAACUCCUCUGAGCCCUGACCUUGCUGAUACCACCCAGCCAGGCAUGGACGGCCCUCCUUUGCCCCCAGCAGGGGAGCUGGUGCAGAGCCAGACAAACAUGUCUGCCUUUGUCCCUGUAAGUCUCACCAAGAUGAGCCCAGGGGGUCAAGGCGAAGGAUCUGUUCUUUGCAGUCCAUGCAGCACCACAGAGACAUACAGCUACAGUGCCAUCCAGCAGCCUUCCUCCUCUUCCUCCUCUCUGCUUCCUCAGAGCCAGUCUGGUGCUCGGUCUGUGGUCUUUCUCAACGUUUCAGAAUCCCACCUUUCCAUUGGAAGACAUCUAGAACAGCUCAGGCCGGCUGCUGACCACCCUUCUGAGAAUCUCUCUGAGACUGACCACAGAAACAUUCUUAUCAGAGAACAAAGGAUUGUCAAGUCAAUCCAAGCACCCACCCUGACCAAAAACUUCCAGACCAACUCCAGACAGUCGGCUCUUCAACAAGCACCGUUACAAAUCAGAAUCCAGAGUGCAGUAACGCUUCAGCAUCAGAGCUCGGACUUUCAACGCGCCCCUCAAAUGCGAACGCUUCAACGUCCCGAGGAUGAAACCGAAACACCGCUUGCGACUGGAAAACGAUCCUGUCCUCCAGGUGGAGCAAGGACAGGCCACGAUGAAGAGAUUUUGGAAAUCAAAGAAGAGGCGAUUAUUAUUUCCGACGAAGAGCUAGAGGAGGAGAAAGAAGAUAUUGGGGAGAAAGAAUCAGUGAUGGAUGUGGAAGAGGAAUACGAGGAGGAUAUCCAGGAAGAAGAGCUGAACAGUCCUCAUUUUGUUUCCACACAUUCACAGGGACUCCUACAAAUAAACCCUCAUUCAAAUGACUAUUCCUUCCCUCUCUCACCCUCUUCCUCAUCUUCCGGCGCCAGACCCUCCUCCCAGGACACUUCCUCCUUUACUUCCUCCCUCGUUCCCCUGUCCUCCUCUCAGCAACAUCCGGACCCUCCCGGCUACUUCCAAGAACUCCAGGACUCCAUGGGCAACUUUGUUGAAGACGUGCCAACAUGUGGGGUCUGUGGGAAGACAUUUUCAUGCACAUAUACUCUAAGACGCCACGCCAUCGUGCACACACGUGAACGGCCUUACGAGUGCCGCUACUGCUACAGGAGCUACACGCAGUCUGGGGAUUUGUACCGACAUAUCCGCAAAGCUCACGACCAGACGCUGCCUGCUAAACGCAGCAAGGCAGACACAGAGGGACCCCUGCUGCUGCAGCCCCCUCCUCACUGCUAACACGCUAGCCACUUAUUCCCAAAUAUGUGAACUUUAACCUGAUCUAUUAACACUAAAUCAAAACUUACAUUGAGUAGAGGAACAACUAACAAUAUUUAUGAUCGUUUAUUUGAUUUUGUUUGUCUUUUGUGAAGUUUUUAAAACAUGCAACUUUGUCCACAAACUCUUUUUGUGGACAGAGUUUUCACCAAACAAAGUUAAUUAAGUUUGUGCUUGUUUGAUUAUCUGUUGAAAAACCCCAGAAAGAAAUUGGACUAGAAUCACAUUGACACCUGACAGUAAAUGUAAUAUGCAGUUCAUUACGAAAGUAGCUGUAACUCUUGACCUGUUUCACAUUUAGUGAUGUUAAAACUGCAACUUUUGUGAGGCGCAAAGUACAAAAAUGAACAUUAUAAAUUAUUCACUGCACACCCCCAUGUUUAAUACAUGUGGUUUAGAAAUUGAGUAAUAAAAUAAAUAAUUUAGGAAUAAUAUAAAGCUUAGAUUUAAUUGAUCUUAGAAGCAGAGAGAGUAGGUAUUUCACUCACUGAUAUUAUUCAGGGCCCUGCGACAGACUGGCGACCUGUCCAGGGUGACCCCGCCUCUCGCACGGAACGUAGCUGGAGACACCAGCAACCCUCCCGACCCCACUAGGGACAAGGGUGAACAGAAAAUGGAUGGAUGGAUAUUAUUCAGGUUUAUUCUUGCCCUUUUCACAUAUUGUUUGUUCAGGUUAUAAAUACCAAAUUAACCUAAUGGCCCAGUUUCACACUGAGGUUAAUAUUUGUACUGUGUUAAAAAAAAACUUUUUCAAAAGAAACGAUCGAUAAAGACCAAAAAUCCUCUCCUCACAGCAGCAGCGGUUGGAUCUCCUCGUAAGCAUAAAAGCAAAACAUGCGUCAGUGGUUUGAGUAUCGGCUUGACUAACAUUGACAUAUCGCUGUAAGAAAACCAUGAAAAAUGUUUCCUCUGUGCAACUUUUUAUAUCUGAAGAGCGUUUUAUAGUUUAGGUUGUAACAAAUUAUUUUAUCAUUGUCAUUGAAUUCAGUUUGAUAGACUCAUAAGGUAGUAACAAUUGGUUAUUAACGAGCUUUAUUAAAAUGUUAUAAAGAAUUGUACACCAAGUUGUUUACCAUGUAAGUUAAAAAAAUGAAUUGAUAUUAUAUAAGUUGUAAUAUGUAUUGGUGUCCUGUUACUGUGAGACAGCAGAUUUAGAUGGAGAUCAUUUUAAUGUUGUGUUUUGCUAUCAACAGGAAGAAGCUAAAAGUUGGCCACAUUUCUGAUGCAUCUCUUUCCUGUAGAAAGUAAAUUUCCGACGGUAUUUAUUCACUCCAUUUUGCCUCGCAUUUCAUUCUUUGAGUAAAUUAAACAAACCAUUCCAGGUUUCAGCUGAUUCAUACUGUAACAGUCAGGACAAUCCGUUAACGUUUAGAUUGACUAAACACCUGCACUUUUAAUGGACCAACAUUGGCUCACUUCAAACCGUUCUUCACUACACCCACUUUAACCAGAGGCAGAAAACCAGAUGAAGGGUGGAGAAAAAAAGGAGGUAAUCCACUAAAUGUUUGCCUUAUCUUAAUGUCUUUGUAUGUGCCUGAUUGAGUCUGUGGAAGUUCUUGUUCUGCACUAUUUUAAAUGUUUCAAGACACUUUCUAUAAAAAAAAAAAAUGUUGAAAUUACUGUAAAACAAAAAAAAAAGAGUUUUAAACUUGAUACUUUUAAUGGACGACAGCAGUGAUCAUUUAGAGAGUUUUGUGAGUCUUAAUGUCCAAUAUCUAAAUGUCACCUUGUGAAUAAAUGGUGUUCUGUGGCACAAA